AUGGCGGCGGCAGCUGCAUCAGGUUCGGGUAUCCCGGCUAACUCCACGGUUUAUGUGCGCAACCUAGAAGAGCGCGUGAAAAUAGACGAGUUGAAAGAUGCUCUUUCGGAAAUCUUCUCUGAAUAUGGCGAAGUCCUUGAAAUCGUCGCGAAGAGAAACCUCAGAGCAAAAGGCCAAGCUUUCAUCGUAUUCGAUAACGUCGAAUCUGCGCAACGGGCGAUCGAGGAAGUCAACGGCUUUGAUCUACUAGGGAAACCCAUGGUUGUCGACUUUGCGAAAACGAGAAGCGAUGCGACUGUGUUAAAAGAAAACGGCCCUGAUGAAUUAGAAGUCCACAAGCGGCGACGUUUGGCUGAGAAAGAAAGGAAACAGGCUCACGAAGUACUCGAGACACAGCAGAAACUCAAGCGUCCCAGCGGCGUUGUACCUGUUCCAGCCGAAACUGGACGCCCGGCCAAAACAGCUCGCGGGGCUGGACUCAAACCAUCCAACGCCACUACUACGGUCAUCCCAGACGAAUACCUGCCGCCCAACAAAAUUCUUUUCCUCCGAGAAUUGCCAGACGAUAUCGACUCGGAUUCGCUUACUGCCGUUUUUGGACGUUUUGAAGGUUUCCGGGAAGUGCGCUUGGUGCCUGGUCGCAAGGGUAUCGCAUUCGUUGAAUAUGAGAGUGAAGCUGGUGCUAUAAGUGCAAAAGAAGCCACGUCUGGAAUGCCCAUGGGGCCUAAUAAUAAACCUGUUCGUGUCACUUACCAACGACAAUAG